AUGGACCUGGCCAGUGUGAGGAACACAACAGAGAGGGACGCCAUAAUUGAAAAGAGUAUCUUACCUAACGUCACAGAUAUCUACAGAGUGUGGAUUGGCCUGAAGAAAUCUCCUGGUGUCUGGAGGUGGUCUGACCAGAGUGGAUUCUCUUCCAAGAGCUUGGAAACAUUCAAGGCGAACAAGGCAAAUGGGAGUUAUCAGAACAGAGAGGUCUGUGGGGUUGUUACUUUCCCUUCUGGAAACUGGAAGUAUCAGGGAUGUACCACCAACUCUAAUUUUAUCUGCUAUGACGAUGAACUGGUCCUGGUCUCAGAGAACAAGACGUGGUCAGAAGCCCUGUGGCACUGCAGAGACCAGAACAUGGAGCUGGUGUCUGCCCACAACCAGAACAUCCAGCACUGGGUCCAACAGAAAGCCAAGAAGGCCUCCACUCCCUUCGUCUGGCUGGGCCUGAGGUACACCUGCACCCUGGACUUCUGGUUCUGGGUCAAUGGAGAAGAGUCCUGCUACCACAACUGGUCUGUCGGGGAGGGCUACAACACCAUGAAGGAGCAGUGUGGGAACACGGGGGCCAUACAGAGAGACGGGGGACAGUGGGUCGGCAAGUCUGAGACUGAGAGAUUCAACUUCAUCUGCAACAACAGUACUGAUUACUAGAACCAGACCCUGAUCUCUGAACCAUUUGAACACUACAGUCCAACACAUUGUUCCAGACCCUGCUCUGUUGACCAUCUGAACCCUACAGCCCAGAAUGUUCCAGAUAUUCUCACAUUUACAUGAUAUAAGGUGUUGGAAAAUCAUUGUUAUAAAUAUACAUAUAUAUAUAUAUUAUUUUUUACAGUGAGCUCCAAAGUAUUGGGACAGUGACAAAUAUCAUUCCCCCAAGACAGUCUAACCUCUCACCAUUACAAUAACAGGGUAGGUUAGCAUUUUAUAUCAUACCCCCAAGACAUGCUAACCUCUCACCAUUACAAUAACAGGGUAGUUUAGCAUUUUAUAUCAUACCCCCAAAACAUGCUAACCUCUCACCAUUACAGUAACAACGGAGGUUAGCAUUUGUGUCGGUAUGAUAUUUAUGCCUCCAGAUGGUACAGUCAGUUGAUAUAGUCUUUGCGUUCUGUGAAAAUGGGACCAAAGACUUAAUAAUUUACUACUUUAAUAGACAUACAAGUGAAUUUGUCCCAAUAGUUUUGGUCCCCUAAAAUGGGGGGACUAUGUUAAUGGUUCACCAGAUAUGGAUGAAAAUACUGACAUUCUGCGCUUUAACCUCAUAAAUAAUGUCUCUGUACUCCAAAGUGCUGGAUUACAGAGCCUGAAGAACACACAUAGUCUCACCGUCCCAAUACUGUUGGAGCUCACUGGAAAUAAAACAUAGAGCUACAUAGAGCUCACUGGAAAUAAAACAUAGAGCUACAUAGAGCUCUCUAGAAAUAAACCAUAGAGCUACAUAGAGCUCACUGGAAGUAAAACAUAGAGCUACAUAGAGCUCACUGGAAAUAAACCAUAGAGAUACAUAGAGCUCACUGGAAGUAAAACAUAGAGCUACAUAGAGCUCACUGGAAGUAAAACAGAGCUACAUAGAGCUCACUGGAAGUAAAACAUAGAGCUACAUAGAGCUCACUGGAAAUAAAACAUAGAGCUACAUAGAGCUCUCUGGAAAUAAACCAUAGAGCUACAUAGAGCUAACUGGAAGUAAAACAUAGAGCUACAUAGAGCUCACUGGAUGUAAAACAUAGAGCUACAUAGAGCUCACUGGAAGUAAGACAUAGAGCUACAUAGAGCUCACUGGAAGUAAAACAUAGAGCUACAUAGAGCUCACUGGAUAUAAACCAUAGAGCUACAUAGAGCUCACUGGAUGUAAAACAUAGAGCUACAUAGAGCUCACUGGAAGUAAAACAUAGAGCUACAUAGAGCUCACUGGAAGUAAAACAUAGAGCUACAUAGAGCUCACUGGAUGUAAAACAUAGAGCUACAUAGAGCUCUCUGGAAAAUAAACAGAGUUACAUAGAACUCUCUGGAUAUAAACCCUAGAGCUACAUAGAGCUCACUGGAUAUAAACCAUAGAGCUACAUAGACCUCACUGGAUAUAAACCCUAGAGCUACAUAGAGCUCACUGGAUAUAAACCAUAGAGCUACAUAGACCUCACUGGAUAUAAAACAUAGAGCUACAUAGAGUUCCCUGGAUUAUUGUGACGUGUUCAAUAUUUGUAUAUUAUAACAUGCUUUUUGUUUGUUGUUUUAUUACCGGUUGAUGUCAUUUCAUUUUCAAGGUUAACUCUUCGUUGUUAAAAAAAAUCAUGUUUUAAUUAUUUUACUUAGAUUUUAUACUUGGUGGUCAAGUCUUCAAUCAAAUAUUUUAUAUAAUAUAUGAUGAUGGAUACAGAAUUGUUUUAUGUCGUUGUUUUUUUAAAUUUGACAUAAAUACUUUUAUAUUAAUAUUAUGAUACAUUUUUGCUAUUAUUGUUUUCACAUUGACUUAGUGUAUCACUCAUUAAUGAUGUUUUUUUUCAUUUUAAAGGUCGAAAUUGUAGUUAUUCUUGUUUUGUUAUUUGGUAUUUCAUUAGGAUCCCCAUUAGCUGUUGCAAAAGUAGUAGCUACAAUUUCUUCAUGAAGCAUGACGUAACAUGACAUAAUACAGAACAUUAAUAGACAAGAGCAGCUCAAAGACAGAACUAUACCAGUUUAUAAAAUCCACACGUAGCCUAACCUGUAUCUCCUCACACUGACCCGGUACCGAUACCCCCUGUUUAUAGCCUCGUUAUUGUUAUGUUAGUGUGUUACUUUUCUUUAACUAUUUUUACUUUAGUUUAUUAAGUUACAUUUUUUUAACUGUAUCUUGAAUUGAUAUUUGAUAUUUACUUACUAUACUUGUUGAUGUUAAUGAAUGUUAAAGGGGAACUUUUAGUUGUUCUAAACAUUCAGUUGAUUUAUUUAUUUUCUAUUACAACUUGCUGUUACUGUUUCCAGAGACUAUUUCACUUCAUUCAUUAUUUUAUCUAGACCGUUAAUUAUAUUCCAUUACAGAAAUGUUUUAAGAUCUUUUGAGUGGUUUAAGUUGUUUUAAAUAUAUUGUACACAUGUCAUUUCUCCAUGAUACUAGUGUGUAACAUUUAAAUGACAGUAUCUGUUCUGGUGCUGGUGGUGUGUCUUCAUGUAAAGGGGCAAUCUGUGACAGGGGCCUCCGUUUUAGAUUUUUUAUCAAUGUAUGUUCAUUCUUGAAGAAUAUGACUUACAAAUGCCUCAUGAGCUUAAUUCAACUGUCCUUUUCCAUCAGAACCCAACAUAUAAACUAGUUGUAUUCCAUUGUUUGGAAACAAUAUACUUGUAAACGAACACUGUUUAGCCUCAAAAACAUAGUUUUAACUACAAUGUUGAUAUCAUGGAUGGUCACCCUGUAUAGUCUCAGAAACAUAGUUUAAACUAUAAUGUUGAUAUCAUGGAUGGUCAUUCUGUAUAGUCUCAGAAACAUAGUUUAAACUAUAGUGUUGAUAUGAUGGAUGGUCAUCCUGUAUAGUCUCAGAAACAUAGUUUAAACUAUAAUGUUGAUAUCAUAAAUGGUCAUUCUGUAUAGUCUCAGAAACAUAGUUUAAACUAUAAUGUUGAUAUCAUGGAUGGUCAUCCUGUAUAGUCUCAGAAACAUAGUUUAAACUAUAAUGUUGAUAUCUGUCUGUCCUUUUAUAUGUUGUUCUGUCUGUUAAUUGGAGAGUGAUUACAUUUCUCUAGCUCCAUCCUAAAGAUUUUCACAAAACAGUGGUGGGGUUUACACUUUGUUAUUGGUUGAACUGCAGAUUUCCCCUUUAACUAUUUGACUAUGGUACAUUCAUCCUUUACACUGUACAAAAAAAAUCAAUAAAGUUAUGAAAAGA